AACUGUCAAUCUUUGGUUGGGCUUUCAAAAGUAGUCAAAAUUCGGUUGUGAAAAUGUCGUAUCCCAAGCUGGACAGUAAGGUGUUGCAGAACCUGAAGGACGUGGCCCAGAAGCUGCGGAUCCACUCGAUCACCUCCACGCAGGCGGCCAAGUCGGGACAUCCCACGUCUUGUGCCUCGCUGGCUGAGAUAAUGACAGUGCUGUUCUUCCACCAGAUGCGCCUGAACCUGAAGCAUCCCCGAGAUCCUUCCAGCGAUCGAUUGAUCCUUUCCAAAGGACAUGCCGCACCCAUUCUGUACGCCGCGUGGGCGGAGGCAGGACUCUUUCCGGUGGAGGAGCUGCGGAAUUUGAGGAAGGUGGACAGCGAUCUGGAAGGUCAUCCAACACCAAGGUUGAGCUUCAUCGACGUGGGCACCGGAUCCCUGGGACAGGGCAUCUCUGUGGCCGCAGGAAUGGCCUAUGUGGGAAAGUAUAUGGACAAGGCCGACUAUCGCACCUAUGUUCUCGUCGGCGAUGGUGAAGCCGCCGAGGGAGCCGUCUGGGAAUCGCUCCACUUUGCUGGUCACUACUGCCUGGACAACCUCUGCGUGAUCUUCGACAUGAAUAAGUUCUUCUGUUCCGAUAUUGCCUCCGAAAUGGAGGUUUAUAGGGAGCGGUUGGAUGCCUUUGGCUUCAAUGCUUUAGUCUUAAAUGGGCAUGACAUCGAUGAACUGGUCAAGGCCUUCCAAAAUGCGGCCAACACCAAAGGCAAACCCACUGCUCUUUUGACCAGAACCAUUAAGGGAAAGGACUUUUUGGGAGUCGAGGGAAUUGACGAGAUGCACGGACAGCCACUCGGAAAAAGAGCCGAGGCAGCUAUAAAACACAUACAGUUGAUGAUCGCCAAUCCGAAUGUGCGUUUGGCCCCCAAAAAGCUCGGAAAGUGUGGCCACGCCCCAGAGGUGAAUAUCAACAACAUAAUGCUGUGUAGUCCGCCCAAUUAUCGGCUGGGAGAUUCGGUAGCCCCUCGUUUGGCAUAUGGAACCGCCUUGGCCAAGAUCGCGGCUGAUAAUAACCGGGUGAUAGCCCUCGAUGGCGAUACGAAGAACUCCACGUAUGCGGAUAAAAUGAGAAAUGCAUUUCCGGAGCGAUUCAUAGAGUGCUUCAUAGCGCAGCAAAAUCUGGUGGGCGUGGCCGUUGGCGCCACCUGUCGGCGACGCACGGUGGCUUUCGUCUCUACAUAUGCCACAUUUUUCACCCGGGCCUUUGAUCAGAUUCGCAUGGGUGCCAUUUCGCAUACGAAUGUGAACUUCGCGGGCUCCCAUUGUGGCUGCAGCAUCGGAGAGGAUGGACCUUCGCAGAUGGGACUGGAGGAUAUAGCCAUGUUCCGAAGUAUACCCGGCAGUACGGUGUUCUAUCCCACGGAUGCUGUGAGUACGGAGAGGGCGGUGGAACUGGCGGCCAAUACGAAGGGCGUGUGCUUCAUCCGCACCACCUAUCCGAACACCACGGUGAUCUAUAACAACGAUGAGGUGUUCGCCGUGGGUUUGGGCAAGGUGGUGCGCCAAAAGCCAUCGGAUGAGGUACUUCUGAUUGGAGCCGGAGUAACGCUGUACGAAUGCCUGGCGGCGGCGGAGAGGUUGGAGGAGGAUUGCAUCACGGCCCGGGUGAUCGACCCGUUCACAGUGAAGCCCCUCGAUGUGCGACUAAUUGUGAAACACGGCCAACUGUGCAAGGGAAGGAUCGUCGUGGUGGAGGACCACUACCAGCAGGGCGGAUUGGGCGAGGCGGUGCUCAGUGCCCUGGCCGACUAUCGGAACUUCGUGGUCAAGCAUCUCUAUGUGCCCACUGUACCGCGAUCGGGUCCACCAGCUGUUUUGCUGGAUAUGUAUGGCAUCUCCGCGAGAAAUAUAUUCAAUGCCACCCUUGCCAUCAUGAAGAAGUAACAUGUCAUAGGGGAUCCAAAUUUGUUUAUUUUGGAAGAAGAAAAAUGUAUCUUUAAGUUGUUUUAAAUUU